AUGGAAGCAAUCCAUUUGAUAAGACAAAUGAUGGAGUUUUAUCGGGUAAAGAAGAAGGAUCUUCAUAUGGUCUUUAUUAAUUUGGAGAAGGCAUAUGACAAGGUGUCAAGAGAGGUACUUUGUGGCAAUGUUGAAGAAAGGAUGUGUCAUGUGAGGACAUGUGGAGGGUUGACAAAAGAUUUCCCUAUCACAAUUGGAUUGCAUCAAGGGUCUGCAUUAAGCCCUUUUCUUUUUGCAACGGUUCCAGAUGAAGUAACUACACCAAUUCAAGAUGAGGUUCCAUGGUGUAUGUUGUUUGCGGAUGAUAUCGUUUUGGUGGAUGAAACUAAAGAUAGGGUUAACGGUAAGUUGGAGCAAUGGAGGCAAAGGUUGGAAUCUAGAGGGUUUAAGUUAAGUCGGAGUAAGACUGAAUAUUUGGUAUGUCGUUUUGUUAAGUACCGGGGGACAAGUGAUGAAGUGGUGAGUUUGGAUGGAAAGGAAUUGACCAUGAGUGACAUUGAUCAUCCAGAAAAAUGGUGA